AGCCGGAACCGUUUCCCAGAACGUACAGGGAGGGGAAAUGCUUUCAGUGAUUCUUUAGAACACGCAUGUUUUUGUGUGCUUUUGUGGGUACAUUAUUUGGGACGUAUGUUCUUGGCGAAUUUCUUAAUCUGGAAGCCCGACCGGACUAUAAAACGCGCACGCAGCCCAAUUUCCGGAGGACAGAGAUUGCGAAGAACAACCAGGAAGCAGCUGGGUUGGGAGCUGUCCCCGGUUCUCCGCUUUGCUUUCGUGGGUGCCUCCAGGGGUCCUUAAGCCGCGGCCCCCCGACUGGUCCUAGGCUCCGGCCCAGGUCCAUCACUCCGGAGCUGCCAUGUCAUCCGAUUUCGAAGGCUAUGAGCAGGACUUCGCGGUGCUCACUGCAGAGAUCACCAGCAAGAUUUCGAGGGUCCCCCGACUCCCGCCUGCUUGAACAGAUGGAUUUGGAAGUCCGAGAGAUACCACCACAAAGUCGAGGAAUGUACAGCAACAGAAUGAGAAGCUACAAGCAAGAAAUGGGAAAACUUGAAACAGAUUUUAAAAGGUCACGGAUCGCCUACAGUGACGAAGUACGGAAUGAGCUCCUAGGGGAUGAUGGGAAUUCCUCAGAGAACCAGUUGAUAAAAUUACGUGAAGAGAGGGCACAUCUGCUCGAUAACACAGAGAGGCUGGAAAGGUCAUCGCGGAGACUAGAGGCUGGGUACCAAAUAGCAGUGGAAACCGAACAAAUYGGCCAGGAGAUGUUGGAAAACCUCAGUCAUGACAGAGAAAAGAUACAACGAGCACGGGAAAGACUUCGGGAAACAGAUGCAAACUUGGGGAAGAGCUCCAGGAUUCUGACGGGGAUGUUGCGAAGAAUCAUCCAGAACCGCAUCCUGCUCGUCCUCCUGGGAAUCAUCGUGGUCGUCACCAUCCUGACGGCGGUCACUUUUUUUGUCCGAGGACACUGAUGUAUCAGCUCUCCCUUGAUAAACAGCAACCGAGGCUUGUUCUGAGUAAUUAAGACAAAAUGGUCACAUGAAUCAUUCUUUUGCGCUGACAGGCCCCUGGGUGACCCUCUCUCUCCCUCACCACUGUUCAGCUAAAGUGCAAAGAGUGUAAAAAUAUUUUCUAUUCCUGUUUGCAUGUGGGUUGGUUUCCUUUUCUAGAUUUGUCUUCACCCAGAUUUGCUUUUCUAGGCAAAGGUGAAUGUUUAUUUGCCUUUGGGUAAUGUCAUCUGUUGUCCAAAAUAGCCUUGGUGACAUUCUUCCUUACCCUGCGGACAUGUGAGGGGUCGUGGUUUGAAAGAGGGCAUGAUGAGUCAGUCACGAGAGUUUCUGUCUGUCACGUAUCUCUUGUCACCAAAAAGUCCUUCUAUGAUGUCCAAGGAUAAAAAUGCAAAGAAAACCAGGGGUCAGGGCCAGGGCCCAGCUCCUGCAAGCCAGCCCUGUCCCUUCUCAGGCUUAAUAAAUACAGUCAACCUGCCUGAGCGCUUUUAUUGCAAAGGAAGGUAUUUAAUGUCACUUGUACAGGAAAUUGACUUAGCACUUUCCCUGUUUUUCUAUGGCAUAAUUUUUUUAACCCAAGAAUAUUUUUGCUGAACCUGCCCAAUAUCCACUUUUCUCAACUUUGGUUACUAGCCACAAGAAAUAUUUCCCUGCCUUCUCCAAAUCACACAUACCCCAGAAUUUGCUGGCAAAAGGAACCCUGGCACAGUAUUUAAUGGUGACCUCAUCCUCCCUGACCCGUGUAAGCAUCUCUGUAUCCUUUCAGUUUUAAUAUCUGCUCUGCCAAAAGCAGCCCUCAAACAUGCAAAAGGUCUGACAAGGUUCUCUCCACAUCCAUUCCAGUAUGUAAAGAGAACAUGAAUAUUUCAGUAAGAGCAAGAACAUGACUGUCGGUGUGAAAUUUCCAAUGUGGUUGUAAAUCUGGGGGAGUCCUAUAGGAGGAUCCACUAGAAAUAAACUUUGUGGAAAAUGUUCACUAUCCUCUUUCCAAAGAAUGAGGGAUUGCGGAGAGUUACAAAAGGACCACUUGGGUUUUUUACCAACAAAUGUUAGUAAAGCCUUUCCUGAAUUCACUGUAUGCCAACCUCCAACRUGCUCUGUGAUUUUUCUUUCUGUCUGAGGUAACCGGGAAUUGCGUUCAAAAUGAGUUCAUUUGUGAUCGAGCUUAAAAGUUGCCCAAGCUGAGGUCAUUUUCCCCCUAGUCAUAAAGCAAAAUGUGUUUUUCUUAAGACUUCAUAGGCACUUAUGGGGUCCCUACUAUCUUUUGAAUAUAAUUGGAUGCUUUGAAUCCUCGAAAAGCAAACCUGUUCUCCUCAUAAAACAUGCUAACCGCCUGUGCUCGUGGAUCAAGAUCAUCCGAAGGCAGCACUUGAUAUUUUUCCCCAACUCGGAAGAGAGCUAUUAUUUGGAGAGGAAAUGCAGACUUCACAACCCACCAGAGGAAUCGUAUUUAUCAAAACGGGCCAGGGCCUGCAUGUGUUCGGAUAAAUCAUUUAAUAUUGUGUAAAUAAAGCUGCAGCCUCCAUGUCAGGGAUGGGAUGGGAUUUGGGCUGAGCAAAGUAGGACAGCAAAGGAGCAGGAAGCUGUGCUGCUGUUCCUCUCAGCUCAAGGGACCCAUCUCAGCGAGGAUCUCUCAUCCUGACAUCCCAAUUCUGGACGUUCCCAACACAUGGAAGAAACCAUUGAGAGCAAGGAAACACAAGCCCUUCUCAUUCUGGAACAGUGAUCGUUGGGAAGUGCACGGACCCUUUGGUGACUCCACUUGACCUUAGUGAAGGGCGUGACCUGUCUGAGCUGCACCUCCGCCCCCACCCUUCAUACUCGGUGCACCCUGGCCACAGCCACCCUGCGAGCAAGAUUGAGCUGAUGACCUCCACUCGCGGGCUCCUGGGUAUUUCCCUGAAUCCCUGUGUUCCUGUUGAAGCAGAUGAGAAAGAAGGAGCUCAUUCCCUGCUCACUUCUCAAUGUUUUUUCCCUACCAUGUCCUCUGUCUGUGAUUUUGCCCCAGAUCAAUCUUGGGAUUGGUAUAAACAGAGAACCCUUGACCUAUCAGCUCCACCAAACCCCCUGCAGAGCAACCACCUAGACCAGGCCAGGGAGCGCUUGGUAAGGAAGCUGGUGAAGGUCCCUUGUGCCCGCUCUUGGCCCUCCUGGAUGCUGCAAGAGAGACUCAAAGGGUCCCAAGGGAGGCCAGGUGCAUGCCCUCCCUCCUGCUGCACUGGGGAAGGAAGACAGUCCACACGUUUGAAGCAGGUCCUGGGUCURUGGAAGGUUCUAGGCACCUAACAUGUAGACUGCGAUUGUUGAAUAUUCCCAAAGUUGACAGCCUUUGUUAAAAAUGAUGCUUGACGGGAGGGUGGAGGGGAGAUGAAGAUGAAGGCGUGGAGGAGGAAGAAGAGAAGGAAGCCCUGGCCAUAUAAAAUUCAUGCAGACUAAACAGUUUCCCUGGCAGAAUAAAUAAAGCGGAUGCUACCCUGCUCCAGAAUCAAAAGCAAUUUAAUUAAAGUCUCUUAAGUUGUAAAGAGUUUUAAAUGUUCCGUGUUGAAGGCGAAAGCCUGCAAAUGCAGCCGGCUGACGUCAGCGGCCGGGCCUGGGCUGGGAGGCCAUUUGCUAUUCUGUUUCAGGCAGGCUGGAUUGUCUUAUUUUGGAACCAGCUUGGUGGGGGGUUUGCUUUGCUACUGCUUCUGAGCCCUGAGCUUCAAAGGCUGAAAUUAAUGGUGAACAAAAUUGUGCGGCUCUGGCCGUCCCAUGCGGGGCAGGCCCAUUGAGGGUUAUCAUUAAGUAAAGAAAUAAAGAGGGGGAAAAAGGCUGCCUGUUCCAAAAACCUCAUCAGAUAAUGACCUCGGUGAUUGGGUUUUCAUUACCAAACAGCAACCAGAGAUUACCAACCCGGGGAAGAAGGGAGGGGGGGAAGAAAGAAAGGAAAAGCCACUGUCUUUCUCUCCCUCUCUCUCUCCUUUUUUUUUUUUUUCCCCUGCACAUCUUUUCUUUAAAACUGUCAGAUCAUUUCAGUAUUUCAAAUCCGAGGAAAACAGCCUGCCUGCUGCUGUAUUUGAAGUUGUAAUGGUGUCAAAAAGUCACGACUGACUGACAGCCGUCAGUCCCAGAGGGGCUCAUUAAAUCAUAAAAACUUGACAAGGAAAUAAUUGCGCAUCGCCAGCAACUUGGCGCCUGUUUAGACGUUUUUAUUUUCUUUCAUUAUUAGUCCCCACAUUACGUUCAUUAACAAAUUGCAUUAAACAACUGUUAAGGGCUAAUGAUUUGUUUAUCGCUUUUUUUAUUAUUAUUAUUUAAACAUUAGCUGUGUCAUGUGGUACCUCAGCAGCCUCUUGCCAUCAUCUGACUGAAUAUUUUUCCACUCCGAGCUCUGGGUACUGUUGGAAUAUGAAAUAGAUUAUUCAUUACUCUCCUCUUUGCCACUGAUUUGGUUUCAUGUAGCGUCUUCCACAGAGAAAGAUGAAAACUUGUCAAAAAUAGGUUAUAUCUUAUUCGAAGGGGCAACAAUAGCGGCAGGUCCAGGCACACUUUAAUAUUUAAUUAAGGUUGAUGUUAACCCCCUUUAAAUGACUUUAGCUGUAAGUUAUAUUUAAAUGCAGAAGAGAAAAAUAAUUGUUCUUAAUUUGCAACCUGGUCAGCAGGCAUUCUUCAUGGAGUUAGCUGGAAAUUUAGAGCAGAAUUUUUAAAUAAUGAAAUUUCCCAUCAUAAAUAUUUAUGGCGGUUUGUCUACGUAGUUGGGAAUUAACUACAAGCGAUGAUUUCCUUGUCUCUUUGGUGUGCACUGCUAGCCUAGUGGGCCACUCUGUGCUUGGGAGCAGCGUGGCUUUCUUGGGAGAAACGUGUGCUUGGAGGGGAAGUCCAGCACCAAGGACGGCUGGCUGGUUGUGGCCAGCGCCAGUUUCAAAAGAACUGCUGUGAGUCCGCGGGCCACUUGCCUUCCCCUUUAGCUGAGUGUGUGGUUGGAGGACUGUGGCCUGCAGUGAGACCGAGUAGAGCCGUCUUACAGGAGGACUUGUGUGUGUUCCGUGGCCCGCACAGCGAGGCCGUGGUGGGGAGUCCUGGCGCCUCUGUCUAGUCAACCCGAGCUCAUUACAAACACUGCUUCCCUAACAGGCAUGGGAGCAGCACUUUGCAGGGAUUGACCUUCCACCCUUUUUCCUUUCUGUGACUCACCCUUGCUGAACUGAUUGGCUCUUCCAUGGGCUGUGAGCUUGAGGGCCCAGAAGGGACAAAGCUCCAUCACGGUCUCCGAAUCAGAAGGCAGGGGCAAUUCUUCGUGCCAUAACUGCUAGCUUCGAUGAGUUGACACCAAGCACAGAGCCAGUCGCAGAGGCCUGAUCCAUGGGCACUUCAGGGUAGACUGCUCUGCUCUGGUCCAGGGAACGCCUUUUCCCCAUCCUAUUUCUGAUCGCACUCUCCAUCCCCAGAACCCUUAGGUGACUACGUGAGGGGUGCGUGUUCCUGCUCAGUGCAGCAUCAGCACCACUCACCUGAGGACAGAGAGUCCUGCAGGAGCCCUAGGCCAGCCCAGCAGGCAGCAGCCAGGCGAGGCCUAGUUCUAAGUCCCACUGAUCUCUACAGAGACAGAAAUGGUGGACUUGCACCAGGAAGUUCCAUUUUAGUCCAGACCCAUUGACCGCAUGAUGACCCACCUCCCUCAGGAGGACCUCCACACUUUAGCAGAAGCCGUUCUUCCAGAAGACAGGAAGGCUCUGGGGUGAGCAGGCCCCAGUGACAUGGACAGGGAAGUGCUGCGGGAAGACACAGAGGGCUGAGAGGCUGCCAGCCUCUCAGGUCAGUGGCAACGGGAACUUUGCAGAGCCAGUUUACYAGGACAGGUAGAGCAAAACCAAGAUGGCAGGACAAAUGGGGUGAGACCAGAUGGUGUACAGGUGAAGACAAAGGGACUCCUCACCACCAGGGGGUAGGUAGGAGGUGGCUGUUGGCUCAUCCCAGUGAAGAGCCCAGAGGGAGGGGCCCAGGCAGGUAGGCCUCACCUUGUAGCUCCCUGAGCCCAUCAGUGCCUUCCUGAGAAGAAGCCAGAGAAGGGGAAUGACAGGGUCCCCACCCAGGUCACACACCACCCCUGUCUGCAGCUGCAGGAGCUCCUGGAGAGCUGUGGGGAAAGCACUUCCUCUUCCUGAAUCGCCUCUUACUCCUGCUACAUAAAUAACGAAGGCAGCCCAGCGAGAGGGGGAGAUGCGGGAAGCAGAGCUCUGGACUCUGAUUCCGUGAACCCGUGCCCCCUCCCUCCCUCCAUCCAAACAAGGCCCUUUGGCGUGAA